GAUAACAGUCAAUGUCAGUCAAGUGAAAUGUCUGUCAGUUUGGUCAGGGUUAUUUCGAUUUUAGUUCACGAAAAUGUUGAAUCUAAUAUAGAAAACUUGUAUUGAAAUACUAUCUAUUGGGACCGCUAUGAAAUAAAGAUAAAAGCUUGAUAUUUUUAUUGUCGAAUUUGCGUGUUCCCUUCGCGUAAGAAAGAAUAAAAUAUACAAGAUGCUGAAGAAGCGCACUGUCUGCCUGGCGGUGGCAGUGUUCCUGGGGACGGUGGCUGUCUCCGUGGCACAAGGCCAUGUCCCCGUGCCGCCAUCUCCAGACCCUUCCACGCCUUCUACUACACCGCGGGCUGCAAUCCAGGGCAGUUUCCUACAAGGGUUCCUCGCGUCUCUCUCCGUGGUCAUAGUUUCGGAGUUGGGCGACAAAACAUUCUUCAUAGCAGCAAUCAUGGCGAUGAAACACCCUAGAAUCAUAGUCUUCGCUGGUGCCAUAUCAGCACUGGUCUUCAUGACCAUAUUAUCAGCAGCUUUCGGAUGGAUAGCAACCGUUAUACCUCGAGUUUACACACACUACGCCAGUGCGGUGCUUUUUGCUAUAUUUGGUAUUAAAAUGUUAAGGGACGGGUGGAAGAUGAACCCUAAUGAAGGUCAAGAGGAAUUAGAAGAAGUACAGAGUGAAUUGAAAAGAAGAGAAGAUCAGGAAGAAAAAGAAGAAACGUUAGACAUGUUAGAACAAGGACAAGUGGAAAACAGAAGACGGAAAAGAAACGCCGUCCUCAAAGUUCUUCUCCAAGCGGCGACGCUAACCUUCCUCGCAGAAUGGGGGGAUCGGUCGCAGUUAGCGACCGUGGUACUCGCGACCAGGGAAAACGCGUUCGGCGUGGUCGUCGGCGGGUCGCUAGGACAUGCCCUUUGUACGGGGCUGGCUGUGAUAGGCGGUAGGAUGGUCGCUGCCAAGAUUUCUGUUAGGACUGUUACCAUAAUCGGUGGGAUUGUGUUCCUGUUUUUCGCAGUAAGCGCGCUCGUCAUCGGGCCCGGUGAUUAGAUCUCUAGUUUUAUACCUAUGUGUAAGUGACAAUAUGUACUGUACAUUGUUAUUUUAGCUGAGACAAUCUCACUUGUUUAUAUAUAUGUAUAUUAUAUGUUUGAUUGUAGAUAAACAGUUGGAUAAUUUGUUGGAACAAUACUAGCUUGAAUGUUAUCCGAGUAACCGAGACGCAUGUGAAAUAAAAAUGUAUUUUUUUUGCAAGGCUCAAACUCUACCAAAACGGAGAUACAACGAUUUUAAACUACCAAUAGCAUUUCGCUGCUUAGAAUUACCAGUGAGUGGGCGAAGACAAGACGAAAUUAAAUUCUAUCAAUUGUUUGAAAAAGUUUUCCAUUGUACCUCCUCCAUUUUGGUAAAGGCUGGGCUUAGGGGUCAUUAGAAAAUAAUCUGACUAUAAAGUGCCCUUCCAAGAGUUUACUUUUAUCAUAAAAAUCUUUGUACAGACGGCAGCAGGACCAACCCGAAUCUGUCAAAUUUUACCAAUCGAACAUUAACCUUCCCCUAUUGUGAUAAGGCUGAAAAUCUAUAGAAGAAAUUUGACAGAUUCACGCAAGUUGAUGUGCUGUCGUCAGUACAUUAUAUUGACUGGUACUUGAUAUAUGACAGUAGGUAUUUAUGCUUUCCAAAAACAAAGUCGACAUAAAGAUAAUUCGUACGUGUGAAAACGUUCGAAGAUAAACCGAGUGUGGUAUCGAUAGGCUGUUAAGAUAGUGUUGUUCUGCGGAUUUUAAUCGAUAUUGUUAUGUCGUCUCCAAUUGUGCUGAAUACCUAUAAUAGUGUAAUGAAAGCUUCUCGUCUUGUACCUACUCUUGGCCAAACAAAAUAUUUUUGACAAAAAAAAAUACAUACACUGAAUUAUACAGAUAUUUUCGGGACCAUGCUAUAUUUUCCUUGACGACACUCGUAAUUUUCUUUGACUGUGACUAGAAAUGUCAACAGAUUAAUAAUUAUUACUCACUUUUCUAUUGUUUGAUUCUUAUGAAAUUCUUGACGAAGCAUGUCAUAUUAUGAAGUGGUCGUAAUUCUUAACCUUCCCUUUACUUACAUAGUAAUGCACUUAUCAAUGUCACUAUCAUAAACAUAAUCUAUUUGAGUGUACAUCAGGUUUAAUUCACAACACGAGCUAGCAUUAUCGUUCAAAUAGACGUUUUGCCGCGGUUUCACUCGCUUCCCGUGGGAUCUACUGCCCGUACCGGGAUAAAAUAUAGCCUAUGUUACUCGGAAAGAGUGUAGCUUUCCAACAGUGGAAGAAUUUUUCAAAUCCGUUCAGUAGUUUCGGAGCCUUACGGUACAAAAACAAACAUUUUCCUUCUUAUUAUAUUAGUAAAGGUAUGUACGUACUUUUGGAGAUGACAUACAAUAUUCCACAAAGAAAUUGAAUACAAUCAUACUUUUCAUAUAAACAACGUAAUAUGUGAUACAUUGCUUUGUUUGAAACUCUUUGUUUCAACGAAUUACUCAGAAAUGAGCAAUGUAGACAAAUGCGAUGUUUUUUUUUAAACUGUCUUGUAUAUUUUGUGUAAAUUUUGAAUUGUGAAGAGAAUUAUGCGUUAGGUGAGGAAUUUAAUAAUCGAAUUUCGAAAUGAGAUUUAUCGGCCUGCAAACGUUAUUAUAAUUAACAGGAAAAUUAAGUAUAGGUAACCGAAAAAAGGUUUUAAAUGAAUCGGCAUAGAGUGCUUCCAUCUAUAGGCUAUCGUAUUUUUGAGAAGGAUUUGAAGAAAAUAUAAGUAAAAUCAGGUUGGAUAUAACUCGUUAAGUUUUAUUUGUGUAUGGAUAGGAAUCUGAAUUUGAAGAGACAAGAUGUACUAAUAAACAAAUAAGUUCGGUUCGUUCCAAGUAGUUAAUUUUAACAAUUUACAAACAAUUAACAAUUGUUAACAAUUUUAGAAGAACAAAAAAAUUAAGGCGCUCAUGACGCGGACGAACCUGCCUACAUUACGAAAAAUAAAAAAAUUGCCAAACUUUUUUUGUUGUAUCCUAGUAUGAUUGUUCUAGAUGAAAUUAUAUAAAUUACCUAGCUUAACAUAAAUAUAUAUUAUGAUAUUAUUAUAAACGCUUCUAAAUAACGCCAGGUGCGUCAAAAUAUAAUCAUUUGACUUAUAUUUUUAUACUUCUUGUCUGUGAUCUUGUAUGUAUGGUGAAUUAUUUUUAACUAUUAACUACACAGUACAAUGUAAAACGAUUAAAAUUAAAAUAGUUUGCAUUUAAAAAGCUUUAUUUAUGUAUCAAAAAGUAAUUUGAACAUUCUUUCCGUUUCCCUCCAUUUUGUUUUGGCGGUUAAUUCAAAAUUAGAGAAGUUGUGCUAUCCUACGCAUUUAGAGUAGAAAUUAAAAAUACUUUUAGUUGUCAUCUGAGUUUGUAUUUUAUAAGCUAAAUAACACAUGUCAUAAGUGUUGCUAUUGUAGAAAAUAAUAUUGAUCUUUGUUUGUGUCAGCCAUUUUGCCUUAUGUAAUUUAUAAAUAAUUCAAUGAUGUAAUGUAAUAAUAUGAUCAUGUGGUGUAAAUCAAAAUGAAAUGCGGUAAUGACGUUAAAUAGAAUAUUAAUGUGUUAAUUUUGUUACGAAUGCUAAAAUAAAAUAUACUGAUACGAAACGAAAUGUCGGACAUUGUGUCAAUUUUACAUGGAUUCGAAAUAGGAAAUAAAACAAUAGAUUUAAAUUAACUUAGUGGAAUAAUAAAAAAACAUGUUAACGCGUAGAUUAAGCGGGUUGUGUACGUAUUAUAUUCGAAUUUCUAGCGUUCAUAAUCUUUACGGGAAGUGACUGUCAUUUUAUCAUGGUUUAAAAAUACCAGCUUUAGUGCUAGGUUUAGACUAUUAACUUUUGUUCAGGAUAGUGGUUUAAACCCAGCACUUUUAAAGACCAAUAAAAAUCUGGGCUAUGUAGUUCGAAUAUAGUACAGAUAACUAAUACCCGUGAUAUGGCUUUACUUGUUGAAACUAGACUGUAAGGAGUUUAAUCUUUGCAAAGUCAGGUGUUGUGUGUUUUUUAUCGAAUUUUGUAUGACACGACGAUGAAUAUAUUCCAACGUGAAGUUACUGCGCAAAAAUAUUUAGGAAUGAUCUAGAUUAUUCUAGAUGCAAUAAAUAGAUAACUAGGCAAACAAGAACAAUCACUGUGUAAGUACUGAUGCCCUGAAGUAUUGCGUUUUGUUAUUGCUAAAUACAAAGUAACAACGUUAGGUAUGAAGCGUUAAAUAAAUACUUUAUGGUAUCAGCACUAUUCAUGAAUUAAAAACUAUUUUUACUAUGACCUAAUUUUAACAUGUUAAAAAACCUGUUAAAAUUAAACCUAACCACAUUCAGAUUUGCUUAAUAAAUAUGCAUUUAAACAACUCUGAGUGGGUUAAAAGUAAUGUAAUAUAAUGUUGAAGAUAUAAUUUUAUAAGUACAAAAAUGUCAACUGGAAAUCACAUAGAUGUUGCUUGGAAAUUGUUGAUUAAAAAAAGUAUUAUUUUGUAAAAACGAUAAAUAAAAUGUGUAAAUAAUGUA